AUGGAAGAUGAACUACCCACUCGAUGGGAGAUUGAAUUAGAGUUCGUCCAAUCAUUAUCCAAUAUCCAAUACUUGAACUAUCUUGCACAAAACAAUUACUUGACUAACCCAGAGUUCUUAAAUUAUUUGAAUUAUCUUAAUUACUGGAAACAACCUCAAUAUGUAAAAUAUCUAGUAUAUCCUAAUUGUCUUCACAUAUUGACAUUAUUACAGAAUGAAGAGUUUAGGAAGAAUAUAGUGAAUCCUGAAUUCAUGAAUACAGUGAUGAAUGAUAUGGUAAAACGUUGGUCUGAUAAUGAUAUCGAAGCAUUUGAGUUACCUAACGAGAAUGCUACUAAUGGAAAUGGACAUGCUGGUAAUGAAAAUGGGGUGAGUGAAAAUGGUGUUGAUGGUAAUGGAAUCAAUGGUGAUCUUAAUGGCAAUGUUGAAAUCAAUGGUAACGGUAACGGGGUAAAAGAAGACAAUGAUAUUUCAAUGUCAGUUUAA